AUGGAUAGCAUGCGGAAACAAUUCGACCAGGACCUCCUUCUGGAUGGUCGCUACCAAACUUUGUCUCCUCUCAACCACGGUUCCUUUGGAAUGGUCUUCUUAGCCAAGAACGUCAAGACUGGUGCCACUGUUGCCAUCAAGUGCAUCACCAAGGAAUCAGGCUCGGACACUUGCCCUACUGCCAUGGCUGUCGAUGAUCGUUCCGAGGAGCUGGAGAUCCAUUCUCACCUCGGCUCGCACCCAAACAUUGUCAGUCUUCUUGACACCUUUGAGACGGAGCAUCACACGUAUCUGGUUAUCGAGUUCUGUCCCAACGGAGAUCUCUACGAGGCGAUUCGUCUCAACCGAGGUCCUUUGGAAACUGAGCACGUGCGUGAUUUCAUGAUGCAGCUGAUCUCUGCUGUCGAAUUCAUGCACGCCAAAGGAGUCUAUCACCGUGACAUCAAGCCUGAGAAUAUCUUCUUGACUCAAUCGGGCUCGAUGAAGCUCGGUGACUUCGGCCUCGCUACCAGAGACAAAUGGUCUACAGAGUACGCUGUCGGCAGCGAUCGUUACAUGGCUCCUGAGCAAUUCCAGGAGACAAGCUACACCCAGGGCUACUCGCCGGCUACUGCUGACGUCUGGGCCAUUGGCAUCUGCUUGCUGAACGUCUUGUUUUCUCGCAACCCUUUUGCUACCCCUACUCAGUCGGACCCCAUCUUUGAUGACUUCGUUAUGGAUCGCCAAUCUUUGUUCGACGUCUUCCCAACCAUGUCUCAAGACACUUUCAACGUUUUGAUGCAUUGUCUUGCUAUCGACCCUGCCAAGCGCUCGUUGGCUGCUGUUCGCACCGCCCUCAGAUCGGUUGUUAGCUUCACUACUGACGACGACGCCAUGGACGACUUCUGCAUGGAGGAUCGUGAUCCUGUCCGUGCCACUCUCAACCGUGAGCCUUUGCGCACUCCUUCCAUCACAAGCCCCACCAUCGACAAUGGUGGCUGCUUCCCUUGGGCCAAGGCUCUGCGUGAGACCUCGCAAAAGCAUGGUCGUCAACUCUCGGUCAUUCCUGACAACGAAAGUUACACUGAGGAUCUCUUCCCCGAAGAGAAGGAAACUACUGGUAAGAGUUGGUUCACAUCCACGGAUCCCGAUUCGACUUCGUUGAACUCGACCGUCGAGUCUUCUCUGGGCAUGUCGUACAAGUCUGCCAACAACUCUGCUGAGCUUAUUGGCCAUGCUUUCUCUAGACCAGUUCCUAUCUCUUCAUCUGUUCCCAUCAAGAGCUCUAGAGCAUUGGCCUCAGUCUAUGGCAACAUGGAUGAGAACUUCUCCAAGAGCUGGAGCGAUCUUUGGGAAGAAGACGAAGAGGAG